AUGGCUCUGUGGAUGCUGCUGCCAUGUGCUCGUCAGGGAGGUAAAGCUCCGCGUAAACAGCUGGCCACAAAGGCGGCACGUAAGUCGGCUCCAUCCACUGGCGGUGUUAAGAAGCCACAUCGAUACCGCCCUGGAACAGUUGCACUGCGUGAAAUCCGACGUUACCAGAAAUCCACUGAGCUUCUCAUCCGAAAACUUCCAUUUCAACGUUUAGUGCGUGAAAUUGCUCAGGAUUUCAAGACCGAUCUUCGCUUCCAGUCAGCUGCAAUCGGAGCCCUCCAGCUCAGGACCCAACCAGCACAUCGACUUUUUUUCCCACAGACUGAAGUGUAA